AUGGGGCUUUCAAUUCACGUUUCCCGCAGAAGUAUCUUUUACGGAGUCCCAUCGUUCCUUCAGUAUGAGCACAUUGAUAUUUCUAAGCUUUUAACAAAAGUGUUCCUGUACAGACCCCACGACGGUAUCAAUGAGACCGAAUUUGGGAAGAAGCUACAGUUUUCACUCGAAAUUUUGAUGUCCUUAUGUGCGUAG